AGCACCAGCCAAAAAAAAAACCAAACUUUUUCAUCUCUCAUAGCGGCAAUGGAGGGUUCCUCUUCCUCCUCCUCCGAAUCCGAGCUCCCAUUCCCUGUUUUCUCAAACCCUAAUCCUGAUUCUGACUUCUACUCUUCAUCCUCCUCGUCUAAGAAGAAGAAGAAGAAGAAGAGGGCGCAAAAGCAGCGAUCUUUUGGUCCGGCGAUGUUGGAGAAUGAUGAGUGGCGGUGGAAGCGUGGGGGUGAGGUGAUGCUGGAGGGGUAUGUGGAAGCGGCGGAGGGAGGACGGGAUGGAGGAUUGGUGGGUGGGGAUGGCGCUGUGGGGAGGACUAAGAGCUUGACGGAUGAGGAUCUUGAGGAACUGAAGGGGUGUUUGGAUCUAGGGUUUGGAUUUAACUAUGAGGAGAUCCCGGAACUUUGCUCGACUUUGCCUGCGCUUGAGCUUUGUUACUCUAUGAGUCAGAGGUUUCUGGAUGAGCAGCAGCAGCAGCAGCAGCAGCAGGGGAAGCAGGGGAAGUCGGUGGAGGCGUCCGGCGAGGCUGCGGAGUCCUCGGCGCCGCAUACGGUGGCGCAUACGACUCCAAUUGCUAAUUGGAAGAUCUCCAGCCCUGGUGACAAUCCUGACGAUGUUAAAGCGAGGCUGAAAUACUGGGCUCAAGCCGUGGCGUGCACGGUUAAAUUAUGCAACUGAUGGGCUUUCGCAGAGCAUGUCCCCGGCUAAAUUUAGCGACUCUUUCUCGAAGAUUGACAACCGGAAUAUCGACUUCUUGGACUGAAUUUUCAUCUACUAUGACCAGCUAUCAGUUUACUGAAAAACUUUUCUCUAGAAUCCAGAAAAUAACAGUAGAAGUAUCAGAGACUGCAGAAAUACAAGGACAUGCUCUCUUCAACUGAUGAUAAGAUGCCCCUGACAUAAAAAACCAUAUAUAUAGAUAUAUAAACAAUAAUCCAUAUGUUAUAUUUGGUAUAUGAUGCUGAGUUAAUGUUUUCUUUAUAUGUUGUAGUGACUAAUGCUCAUAAAUAAAUGUCCUUUUUGUUUA